AUGAGGAAGAAGACGUUCCUGGAGCAGUGUGCCUGGCUUGCCCCCCACCCCCACUUGCAGCCCACCAUCCCCAUGGAGAAGAGGGUUGCCAUCAUCCUCUGGAAGUUCGCCACCCUGGACAGCUACUGUUUUUUUCCAUUACAGCAUCCAGGUGGUGAAGAAGUCCUAAGGGAACAAGCUGGAGGAGAUGCUACUGAAAGCUUUGAGGAUGUUGGCCAUUCCACAGAUGCCAGAACACUGUCUGAGUCCUUCAUUAUUGGGGAGCUUCAUCCUGACGACAGAGAGAAAGUUCAGAAACCAACCGGAACACUUAUUACCACUAUGGAGUCUAAUUCCAGUUGGUGGAGCAGUUGGGUGAUCCCAGCAAUAGGAGCAAUUAUUGUGGCCUUGAUGUAUCAUCUCUACAUGUCAGAAUAAGCAUCCUACUGAAAACCAAUUAAAGGAAAGACUGAUUUUGGAAAGAAAACAGAAGCCAUCUUAACCCACUACACUUCCUGACAAAUGUGUAUCUGAAGAGAGAAUUUUAAAUUGAACUUGUCCCGAAAACCAGAAAACUUUCUGCUGUGCACUUUCUUUCUAAUGCUACCUUCUACUCACUGUUUGAGUGCUAAUGGUAGUGUUUCUUUUGCAUAACACUGUUUUAUUCUCGAAUGAACUAUUUCAGAUAACUGCUGAUUUCUGUAUUAGAACACACAUUAUGUAUGUACCAGCCGGAAACUUCUAACAUUGAUUCUUUAAUGUUUAAGGCUCUGUAUGAUUUUUAAUACAAAUCAAUCAGCCCUAAAUAACUGAAAACUAGUAUUCAUGUUUUCAUGAAAACACUGUUCACUUUACUCUUUAGCUAUAAUAUUAUAUUUUGAUUUGUCUAGCAUUGCUUUCAAAUAGAUUUUUUUUCUUCCUACAUAAAGAAAAAAAUUCCAUUUUUACCUUUUAUUCAAACUCAGCAGUUUAGUAGGUCAACGGAUCUGUAAAGCUUGUAAACAGAGUAAAACCUACACAAUGUGUAGUCCUACAUUGUCAGGCUAUCUAAUGGCCUAUGUAAAAGACCUUUCUGACACCUUAGGAAAGAUUGGUACUGGAUGCCACCAUGAAUAAAUCAGUUGCUGCUUGAAAUACCAUCACUGAGCAUAGUAAAAAUUAAAUUUAGGAUAAUGUUUAUAUGAGAUGUCCCAAUUAUUGCACUAUCGAUUCUGCAAAAAAAAAGAAACCAAAAAUCUCUUGAUUUGUUCUGCCUUUUUUGGAGAAAAUAUUUUGUGUAAAUUGCACAACAGGCAAUUUUUCUUAAAUGCAGCAAAAUAUUGGUUUUAUCCACUAGAGCAGGUGUGGGGAACCUGGGCCAGAUGGGGCCCCCGGCUUGCCUGGAUCCAGUUCCUGAGGCUCAGCAUUGAGGAAUGCAUGAUGGCACUCCAGCUCCCCAACUGCCCACCUGCAGGGUAGAGCACAUCAAAUCUACUAGUCUGGGUGCGUCCCCUCCCCCCUGGCCCAGGCUCUGGUGUGUGAGGGGAAUGUGAGGAGUAUCUUUCUGCUUCUCAUUGUGUGCAGCCCCCAACUGAUUUUUCUGUGCGUCAGUGGCCCCAAACCAAAAAAGGUUCCUCACCCCUGCACUAGAGCUCUGUGCUUAUGUGACUAAUUUUUUCUACAACUUGAGUCAAACCUUUAGGAAACGUUCAGAUUAAUGCUAUGGUACCUAAUGAGUGAAAUAGAUCUAAAUCUGCACUAAGUACUCACUUGAUCAUGUUUCUUCUUUUAGUACUAAGGAAAAAAGAUAACCUAUGACUUGUAUUCAUGAAAUAACUGUAUGGGUGAGGAAAUUUGCUAUUUGCCUUUUCUAGGGCAAUGUUUUUAACUUCUGCUACUAAUAUUUCUUCUAAAUAAUUGUGUGUACAAUGCUCCUGAAUAAAAGCAAAUCCCUGGUAUAUCUUCCCUUA